CCUCAUUUAGUCUGUUUCAUGUGUCCUAUCCCACGAUGCCUGGACUUACAACUCAAACCCUAGUCCAAUCCGAGAAGCAGGAGAAGCCACUCGUGGUUUGGCAGUCACUUAAGAAAUGUCUGCCGCCAGCAGGAAACAAGGACAUCGAAUUUUGGUGGAGUCUCACCGGUUACCACCUCGCAGUCAUGAUCGAUGCGGCAGGCUACACCACCCAGUUGUUGUUGUUGUUGUUGUUGUAUUUAACGCCGUGGCGGCCGGGCUAGAGCCCUUACCGCAGACCUC